UGACGAGCCUCUGCGUGACGUGUGGGCGGGCGGAUUUGAAUUUGAGCGGAGGAGGAGGAAGGCGGCGGUGUUGGAGUUCAGUCACAAUGAGACGAAGCUCAAAGAUCACUAGAAGCAGCGGUCGGCAAUCUAUGAUGGCACUGAGAGUGCAGGACAACAACAAGAUGGGUCUUCAAACACCUCAGAUGGUGGACAAAGGUACCUUUGGGAAGCUGAGCAUGAGCAAACCUACACCUGCAACUUCAGAAAGAAAAAUCAGCAUUUUUGGGAAGAGAGCUAGUGUGACUGGAGGGUCACGCAACAGUCAGUACGGUGUGUUCGGUACAGAAAAGAUAAAGGAUCCCAGGCCACUCCAAGAAAAGGCAUUCAUCCAACAAUGUAUCAAGCAGCUUUGUGAGUUUCUGGUUGAGAAUGGUUAUGCCCAUAAUGUUUCCAUGAAAUCGCUACAGUCUCCAUCAGUUAAGGACUUUUUAAAAAUCUUCACUUUUAUCUAUGGGUUUCUCUGCCCUUCUUAUGAACUGCCUGACUCAAAAUUUGAAGAGGAAAUUCCCAAAAUUUUUAAGGAGCUUGGGUACCCCUUUCCUCUGUCAAAAAGCUCCCUGUACACAGUGGGAGCACCACACACCUGGCCUCAGAUAGUGACAGCUUUGGUUUGGCUAAUUGAUUGUGUCAAGUUGUACACUGCCAUGAGGGAAAAUGCACCAUCCUUUGAGGAGGGACAGAGCUGGGGAGGAGAGACGGAUGAUGGAAUUGUACAUAAUAAGGUUUUCAUGGACUAUGCUGUGAAGUGCUAUGAGCUUUUCAUGAAAGGGAGAGAUACUUUUGAAGAAUUGGAUGCCGAAGUGCAGUCAAAAUUAAAGGAUUUAUUUAAUAUAGAUGAAUUCCAGAUAGAAGGUUUAGCAGCUGACAACAAAAGACUUCAGGAAGAGAUUGCAAGACUAGAAAAAGAAAAGGAAAGUGAGCCGGAUCGCAGAGUAACACUACGAAAUGUGAAAUCGUCUCUUCAAGCAGAUGUCCAGAAAUACCAGGCUUAUUUGGCUAAUCUGGAAUCUCAUAUAGCCAUCCUUGAUCAAAAAAUGGAAAGUGUUACUGAUGAAGUUGAGUCAGCAAAAUUGGAAGUAGAAGCAAUGAAGCAGGAGAAUGCCCGGCUCCAGCACAUCUUUGACAACCAAAAGUACUCAGUUGCAGACAUUGAGAGAAUAAAUCAUGAGAGAAAUGAGUUGCAGCAAACCAUUAAAAAGCUGACUAAGGAAGUGGAAGCAGAAGAACAUCAGCUGUGGAAUGAAGAGCUAAAAUAUGCUAGGAAUAAAGAGGCGAUAGAAAUACAACUGGCAGAAUAUCAUAAACUGGCUCGAAAGCUGAAAUUAAUUCCAGUAAGUGCUGAGAAUUCCAAAGGCUUUCACUUUGAGAUUCAGUUUAAUCCUGAGGAAGGACCAAACUGCCUAGCCAAAUACAGAGCCCAGAUCAACGCUCCCCUUAUGGAGAUCAUAAACCAGACAGAGGAAGACAUUAGGAAAGCUACUGAACGGAAAAUGUCUUCGGAAGAUGCUUUCGAACAGGUGAAUGCAAUGGUAGCGGAUGCAAAAAGCAGUGUAAAAAUGCUGACAGAAGAAGCUGAAAAGCUGGAUGAUCUUUACCAUCAGAAACUUAAGGAAGUAGAAGAAGAAGAGCAAAAAUGUGCAAAUGAACUGGAAUUGUUAAAGAAGCAUAAACAAUUACUUGAGAGUGGUGUCAAUGAAGGUCUCAGUGAAGCCACAAAUGAAUUGCAUGAUCUCCAACGACAAUAUCAAGUCGUUGUGCAAACAACAACAGAAGAGAGCAGAAAAGCUGGUGAUAACUUGAGUCGUCUUUUAGAAGCGAUUGGUACUCAUGUAGCAUCUGUAGGGAAAUACCUGGUUGAACAGAACAUGAAAAUUGAGAGAGAUUAUGAAGAAUUCAUGUCUGAAGAUCUGUUGUCAGACUUGAACAGAAUUCUAGACAGUUAUAAAAAGAAGGCUGAAAGUCUGUAAUUACCAAAAAAGUGAAGAUGAAAAUUUUGCAUUUCUGAAUGGUAUGGGGCCUUUUAAAAGGAAGGGUACUUCUGAUGUUUAGCAGUGAAACUAGAUUUAAGUUUAAGGAAGUAUUUAUUAACUUCUUUUGUUUUGAAGAUGUGUUGAAGAAUUAAAAAAAAAAAUUUGCAUUUUCUUAAAAAAGGCUUUGCUUACACUUCCUACUUACAGUAUCUUAUAUAUCCUUACAAACAUCUGUGACAGAACAAGUGCGGAACAACUGCAUUUUGUUUUUUCUUUACAAUCAAAUAAUUUUCUGGGAAUAUCACUACAACAGAAAUAGAGUUAACCUGUUAAAAUAACAAAGCAGAGUGGAAUUAAGAUGGAACCACAAGUGACAACACCAAUGCAGAGGGUACUGACAACUUGAAAUAGUGCUACUCAAAAAUAACUAGUGGGUUUUGUAAAUGUGCCAGAUUGCUAACUGAUAAGUUAUACUUUCCCUUCUAGAGUAUAGUUUGUGCAUUUCAUGUAUACAUGUGCAUUUAGGGCACAUACGUGACCAUAAUGCUUAUACAGGAGUCUUGUAAAUAGUCUAGGAAAAAAAAGAGUAGUUUAAAAACGAAGUUCUCUCUCUAGGUGCUUAUGAUCCCAGAUGAAACCUCAUUGAACUUGUUGAAGAUAUAUGCCAGAGAUAGCUCUAAGCAGGACAACACAGGAAUUCUGGCUGUAUGUCUUAUUAGUUGUAGGUUUGGCUGAUGUUAGAUACAUCAAAAUGGUCUAAAAUGUGUCUGCAUUCUGUUUGUUCAACCAGUAGGACAGACUAUUUGAUUUUUCUUCCCCAGGAAAGUAGCAAUAAAAUUAGAGUAUGGGAACCUCCAGUCCAAAAACAUUGAAGAAAAUGUAUCAGUGGAAUGCUAUGUGGAAGUAGUAUUCUAUAAUCUACUCUGAAUAUAAUUUUGUGUUAAGAAAAAUAAAAAAAUAAACCCC